UUGGAGUUGGCUCUGUGUGACCACACUGAACCCAACCUUCGGGACCUUCACUCGAUCAUCCACCUCUGUCUCAAGACGGCCGCCUACUCCCUUCCCGUGUAAGAACCCAGCCUGAUUGCGUCUAGAACUACAAAGAACUUAAAUAGAACUUCCCUGAACUGUGUAUUAAAGGCUCCAGAAACGGCAAUAUUUAAAGACAACUGAAUUUAUUCUUCAGAUAGUCAAAAAAACCUUUAGUGAUUUAGAGGGAGGACUUAAAAAGUUACCAUGAUGGGAAGUGUGUGUAUAAGAUUCCUGCUGGUGGUGCUGACGCUGGUGACUUCCUGGGCUGACGCUUUUCCUGACGGAGCCCCCAUCGAUGCCUGUAUCUUGCCUAAGCCUAACAGACCUAACCACCAGGGAACGAAGCCUCAACCCCACGGCACACACAAACACUCCUUCACCGCAUCCGACGAGUACUACGUCCCCGGCGCCGUCAUACAAGUACGGAUCAACGGGCCGCCUUUCAAGGGGUUCUUUGUUCAGGCCCGUGACGCCCUCACGAACGAGUGGAUCGGCGAGUUUGUGAAAACCAAGGAGGUGGAAAGCUUCCCCGAGUGCUCGGCUGCCACCCAUAACACUACGCCCCCCAAGACCAAGAUGCUCCUCACCUGGCUAGCCCCCCGAGACCGCACCGGCAACGUCAUCUUCACUGGAACCAUCCUAGAGAGGUACGACGUAUAUUGGUCCGAGAUGGUGGCCAAGGUGGUCCCUACAGUGGUCUCUCCUGGUCAGUCUCCUGUGACCUUCCCCUUGGGCCAACGUAGGAUAAAUCCCGGUCUAUCCCCCGUGGGCCCCCUUCGCGAUCACAGAAGAGGCUGAACACCCAUUUCCUUCCACCCACACCCCCCCCCCAGUCCCUCCACCCCCACAUACACCCCUACCCCUUCUAGCCAUACACACACAUACAUCCCUAGUCUCUCCAGCCCCCCCCCCCCCGUCCACAUCCCUAGUCUCUCCAUCCCCAACCCUCUUACCCUCCCCCAUCUUCAGAACUUCUCAAAGAGGACCCUCACCAGAGUCUCUGCUUCCUAAUAUGAAUAAUAUUGGCAAUGUGUUCAAGUAAGGCAGCAAGUUGUGAGUGUCUGCACUAUGAAGGUUCCCCGUAAUUGCAUUUGACAAUUUGGAUCCUGCUCUUCUGAUCACAAGAAAUUUCUAUUGUGUUUAUUACACACUAAAUGCCACAUAUCACGAGAAUAAAAACUAUCUGCUGUGUUUUAUAAAUAUGUGACUAUCAUAAAUUUCACUUAAGCACGAACAGAAACCAAAACUUUGUUUUACAGUAUAGAAUAAAAUGUACCAUUUUUCCCUCUUUAACCAGAGUGGAAACAUGGUUUGUGUUGUUUUCAUCUUUAUUAUUAUUAUACGUAUUGUAAUAUGAUAAUGAUUCCUAAUUAGCAAGCAUCACAUAUUACUGGAUAUAUUUUGUUUUAGGUUUGUAUAAAUUCACAUGUAUCACAUGUACGGUAUUAUAUAAAUAACAUGCACUAAAUGCCACAUCAUGAAAUAGUAAAAUGUUUGCUAUACUGUAUAGUAAAAAAUAGAUUAAAAAUAGGUUGUUAUAAGUUUUAGAUUAUAAAAGAAUGAUUAUGACUGUACAGUGUAUAAUAUUAAGAUGUAUUACAGUAUAUGUCCUCACAGGUAUUGGAACUUGAGAUUUAUUUCUAGGAAAAGAAUUUUACUUUCUCAUACUUGACAAGAAAACUAAUUGAGAUUUUAAUAACAUCAAUUUGUUUACCUUGAAAAGCAUUUAAUUACCUUCUUUAUUAUUUUAUAAUUCUUUAAAAUAAUAAAAAUGUUUGUGUCAAAGCAACACACUAAAGUACAGUAGUACUGUACUGUAUAUUUUCUUCAGAUUUUUUAUUUUUAUUUAAAUGAAGUUAUAAAAUGUCUGCAAAGAAAAAGCAUGGCAUACACUCAAUAUGUUCAGUAAAACUUUUAUAGUAUGUCUUGGCAAAAACAUAAAAACUUAUGUUUGUACUGAAUAAAUCACAAACAAGCUUGACAUAUUUCCUCAGCUAAAUUUAUGCAAAAGAAAGAAAAAUCACACUUUUAUACUUUUCCUCAGAUAAAAUUUUUUUCAUAGAAAUCUUGGCGACCCAGCAAAGACUUAUAUUUGUUUAAAAUGAUUAUAGAAACAUGUGUUAUCAUCUGAAUUUCUUCUACUGAUCUUAUACUGUAUUAUGUUAUUUUAUAUAAGAAAGAAAAAC